AUGCCCACAGCCGCCGAAAAACUGAGUGACAUCCACCGCGCCAUUGCCUACGUCAAGCGCUCACGCGGGUCCAUUGUCUCGAAACCAGAGAUUUUGGACAUGAUAAUGCUAAACGCCAUGCUGCGCCAAGAAGGCGCCCCCGCUGCCAGUCGCAGAGUCGCUCGGCUCCUGCGCCGAAAGCAUGAAUUGGUUCAAGCCGUUUGGAAAGAGUGCAUAUCAACUGGAGAUACCACGAUCAAGACCACAACGACCCGGGAUAUGUCCUCGCGUACAAGGCUCCCAAUCACCCCGAGGAUCGUCGACGCAAUUCAAGAGUUCGUCCGCAUCCGCCGCCAGUCUCGUCAAAGAACCGUCGCAAAGGACGUCGCCCACUUCUUGCGGUCACAGAACAUGUUGCCGUUCGAUCCGGAGUCGCAGCUCUCAACCGAAGCUGCAUACACCUAA